AUGUUGUAUAAAGCAUUAUCAUCGGGUCCGGGACAAAUGAUGUAUCUACAAACGGCGGAGGGCGAGCAAGUCGAAGCGGAACCGCCGCCACCAGAACCGACUCCGACGCCGGAACCAGCGCCAGCUCCAGCUCCGCCGGCUCCCGCACCUCCUCCGCCAACCGAACCUACCCCAGCCCCCGCACCGUCACCGAUAUCUCCACCUGCACCACCAACGACAGAAGGUGCUCCGGCAGUUCCUCCCGCGGAAGGAACUCCGUCGGCGGAAGGAGCAGCGCCUGCACCACCCGCUGAAGGCGCACCUGCAGCAGAAGGCAGCGCUGCACCACCCGCCGAAGGUGCCGCGCCACCAGCGGAAGGAACUGUCGCACCCUCAGCAGAAGGAGCCGCAGCACCCGCAGAAGGAGCCGCGCCUGCAGCACCCGCGGAAGGAACCGCGCCUCCAGCAGAAGGUGCCGCUCCUCCUGCUGAAGGAGCACCUCCGGCCGAAGGAGCACCUCCAGCCGAAGGAGCACCUCCCGCCGAGGCUGCGCCCGCAGCAGACGGAGCGCCCGCUGCACCCCCGACAGAAGGUGCACCGGCGGAAGGAGCAGCUCCUCCGACGGAAGCAGCAGCUCCUCCGACCGCUGAAGGAGGAGCCGCUCCGGCGGAAGCCGCACCGGCCGCACCCGCCGAAGGAGCACCACCUGCGGACGCGACACCCGCAGCUCCAACGGAAGCCGCACCUGCGCCUGCCGAAACUAAUCUAGUUUUGAUAUUACGAGUUACAAUCCGCAUCAGAGGCAAUCCCGCGCUAAAGAGCGCGAAAUACAUCAUGAACGGUACGUUAGAAUAA